GAACUGAAGUCAGACACUCAACUGACUGGGCCACCCAGGUGCCCCUGGACUCACCUUUUAAAAACUGGCAAUGACCAAAAGCCAAAACGGUGUGUGUAAGGUUGUGGAGGUCCUACAUGUGACAGCAUCUGGGUGAAGGCCAUUGUUAUGAGUGGUGUCCCCAAAUUUACAUGUUGCACCUCUCACACCCGGGACCUCAGAAUAUGACUGCAUUUGGAGAUAAGGCUUUAAAGAAAUGAUUGUGUUAAAACGAGCUGGGCCCUGAUCCCCUCAGGCCCAUGUCCCUGUUAGGAGAGGAGGACACAGACACGCACACAGGGGUGGCCAUGUGGGGACACAGUGAGGUGGCCAUCUGUAAGCUCAGGAGGAGCCAGCUCUGCGAACACGCCUCCUGGUGGGGGCACUCGGCUGCCGCAGCCCCGGCUAAUCCACGCCGCGCGGCCGGGAGAGCAGCCUGUCCCGUGUGCGACCUCGAAUCCCGGCUGUCAGGUGUUCAGGCCAUAACCCUAGGGCAGCCUGGGCUGCGCACACCCCCGCGGGGGGAGGCGGCUUCUAAACCAGACCCAGGAAUCGCCCCAGGAAAGUGGAGGCGGAGCAGGGCGGGCUCCAGGCAGCAGGUGAAGGUCACGGAGAGCUGGGGUAGUCAGGGCUGAGGCAGGGGUCUCGUGAGCCAGGUCACCCUGGGUGUGGAAUCCGAGCUUGGGGUGGCCUGAGGGAAGGGAGACCCCAUAAGGCAGAGAUUAGAAGUUUUAGGAGGCUGAGGACAGCCUUGGCGUGUGGAGGGUACAGGGGCUGGUGUGGGAUGCAGUGUCAAAUCGCCAUAAAUCACUUCCCCAUGGCAAGUGCCUUGACCCCGGCAGUGCUUCUGACCAGACAGCAGCCGUGACUCAAGCAUGCAGGAGGCAACCCCAAAGCUGGCUGGGAGCGGGGGGCGGGCAGGGGGGCCUGGAUCUCCAGGGCUCCAUGGUUGAGAACCCCGGGCCCCCAUCACAAUGGGCCAAGAUUCCGGGGACAAUCUGAACUAGGUGCGGUUCUGCUGAGCAGGCCCAGCACAGGGAGGGCGGGAGGUGCGCAGGGGCCCGGAGGACCCUGCGGCCACCAUGAAGGUGUGCAGUGAGGCAGAUGUGGAGGGGCAGAUCCAGGAGCUGAGGACAAUCACUCGGCUCCAGGAGCAAUGCCGGGCACUGCAGAUCCAGGCGGUGAAGGAGAAGACGGUCAAGAACAGAGCCACGCUGGCUCUCCUCCGCCGCAACAUCCGCCAAGGGGCCCAGGACUGGGCUUUGGCCAAGAAGUACGACCAGCGGAUCAUCUCCAAGGCCUGCGGGAAGGACACGUCCAUGAGGUUGGCGCACUGCGGCUGCUCCAUGGAGAUGGCGCGGGAGAAGCUGCGCAAGUACGUCUACGACCGCGUGAACGCGCACAACGCGCUGAUCCACCUGGUGCGGCGGCGGGGUGAGAAGCUGGAGAGCCUGCAGCAGGAGCUGGCCGGUUUGCAGAGCCAGCCCGACGCCUCCAAGGAGGAGCGGCGCCUGCAGCAGGUCAUCCGCCAGCUGGAGAAUAACAUUGAAAAGACCAUGGUCAAGAUCACCACCAGUCAGAACAUUUACCUGCUAUACGUGGACCUGUUGGAUUAUCUGAAGAAAAAACUCGCAGGCUACCCCACGGGGCUGGACAAGCUACAGAAUCUCGUGGGUGACUAUUGCUCGGAACUGUCAGACAUGACGGUCAUGUCCCGGGACGCCAUGAUGAUUACAGAUGAGGUCAAGAUGCACAUGAGGCGAGGAGAGGCGACUUUCAUCCAGGAGCGCAGGGCACGGGAGAACCGGCUCAAUCAGCAGAAGAAGCUGAUCGACAAGAUCCACACGAAGGAGACCAGCGACAAGUACCGCAGGGGCCAGCGGGACUUGGACUUCCCCUCCAAUCUGAUGAGUACAGAAACCAUGAAAGUGAGGAGAAGAGAGACCUCCAAGUCUGAUAUCGAAUACCAGACAGACGUGACUGCUUUGGUGGAGAAAGUGAAGACGGCUGUGCAAUGCUCCCAUCUCUGGGACAUCGCUGGCCGCCUCCUGGCUCAGAGGAACACGGAGGAGAACCUGGGGCUGCAGAUGGAGGACUGUGAGCGGCGGCGGGCGCAGCUCGAGGUCCUGAUGAAGAAGCUGGAAACAGAAGAGGCCGUGCUCAAGUUCCGCCAGGCGCCCAGCUCCGUCAGCUUCAAAUCUGUCGAGAAGAAAAUGAAGGACAUGCUGAGAGAGGAGGAAGAGAGGCUCCAGCUGGCCGGCUCCAACUUGACCAAGAGCCAAAAGCUGCUGCUGACCAUCCAGACGGGCAUCGACAACCUCUACAUCCGGCUGAUUGGCAUCGCCCUGCCCACGGCCCAGAAAGAAGUGGUGCUCUCCGAGCCGCCUGACGUGUUCGGCAAGCUGGCGUACUGCGAGGGGAAGCUCCUGCACCUGGCCGACAGACUGCAGACGCUGUCCGGGACCGAGGAGGUCAGCACCAAGGUGAGGGAUGCCCUGGAGUCCUCAACUCUGAAGGAGAAGCAGAACACACGGAUCAGCUUUGAAGACCUGGAGGACGAUGUGAUAGAAACCUUCCAGUUCGCAGACGUGGACCACACCUAUAUCCCCUCGCGGGCCGAGAUCAAGCGGCAGGCCCAGCAGCUGAUCGAGGGGAAGAUCAAGGUGACCAAAAAGAAGAAGAAGUAACCCGGAGGAGGAGGAGCCCCUGCCCCGCCCCGCAGCCGACGCUUUGUUACACAAAUAAACAUUUUUCCAGGACUGCUGGGGGCCGCGG